UUUCAUUAUAUUCUGUUCUAUUCUACGGACCCUUUUGAACCGUCACUACUGUGCUAGAGAAAAUAGAAAAGCCUGUUAUGUAGGGUUUUGCCUUUUUGUUUUUAAUGAAUGCUUGGAUGUGUUCUUGACUUUUCUAAAUUUUGGUAUAGUGCUUGAUUAUGUGCUGUUCUAACUCCACUAAUGGUGUGAGAAAGGGCUUUGGAUUGAGGUGUGCUUGUUUUAGUAGCUAGUAAUACCUCUCGCAAAAAAAACCCGCCCAGUCCAACACUUGAGUGACGUUUGGAGAAUAAGUUGUGUUUUUGAUAGAUCUCGGUUAACUCUCAACAAAUGCAGAGUAGAAUGUAUAGAAUGAAUCUGUGGCUUGAUUAGCUUGCUUUCGUUUAUUGUUAGUUUGUGUUUCGUCAGUCAUGUGUUAAAUUACAAAUUAUAAGACUUUUUUUAUCUAUCUAAUUGUUCAAUAUAUUGCUGAAACUGUCUCGAAUAUUACGUGCAAUUUAUAAUAACGUAGAGUAGACUGAAUGAUCUGUGCCAUGAGUACUGAGUCUACCUCUGCUCCUGAUCCUUCUCUGGGCCUCGUUUUUCUGCAGCAAUGGCUCAAAGCGCUUGGAUUUCCUUCCCUUUCAUCACAAGAAGAAAAUACAUGCGCCGAACGGCAGCCGAGGAUGGCUCCCAUCGGGAAGGCGUGUCAGACUGGUAAUGUAGUCUCGUUGGUGAAGAUUCUGUCCAAGCACAAACACCUUGCCAACUGCAGUGCCGUCAUUCCAGAAAUGACUCAUCUCACUCCUCUGUUUGUUGCCUGUGCCACGAAUCGGUCCAGCAUCGUCGAUCUUCUGCUCUAUCGGUAUGGAGCCACUCUUUGCGCUGAGAGAGCACACAGUUCCCUCACUGGUACUAGUGAUUCUUCAUCGACCACCUGGGAUUCACAUAGCACAACAGAAGUGGAAGUACCUCCCCCACCUACUCUACCCCCGUGGCCGAACUGUAUUCACAUGGUAUGUGUGAAUGGACACGUGCCACUGUUGCGUAAACUGUUGCUUCACUCCGUAAUUGAACUUGUCCCCACUUCGCCCACCAAAACAGAAGCAACACUUCAAACUCAUAAGGGGGGCGACAGCGGGAGAGUGUGUUUAGGUGACCCUUUCACACAUAGCUUCAUCCAUCCGUUCACUCUAGCCUGUUUGUGUGCAAAUGUAAACGUGGUGUCUUGUCUGGUGGACUUCUAUCAAAUGUGGACUGACGACGACCACUGCGACCUAACCCAACUGCACUUUAUUGGAUUCAAAAGUUUACACUGUACCUGUUUUUCGCGCAGCGCGCCCUUGUUGAAGUAUCUUCUCAAACAGGAGCGCUUUAAGAAAUGUAUCAAUGAAAUGCUGCCUAGUGAAGAAGAAAAUUUGCAUGUUACAGCCUAUCAGUUGGAGUUGUGCGAAAGAAUAAUGCGCCAAGUUGUCUCCUGCAACGAACAAUUUUCCUUUUUGAACAGAGUGCUUUGUGUACGAUCGAACAAGUGGUCGCCUCUUAGUAUUUGUGUAGCAAUGGACUGGGCUGAAGGCGCACAAAUUCUGAUGGAAGAAGGCGCCAAUAUUUGGCUAACCUCACAGAAAGAAGAUCUCCCCUCUGUAAUACACUUGGCUGCGCAGAUGGGAAGCAAACAGGUGCUUAAGUGCCUGAUUGAACAUGUUGAUCUGCACUGGGAUAUGCUGGACAUUGAUAGGCUGAGACAGAGAGUGGGAGGGGGAGGGGGAGGGGGGAGGUGUUUUGGAAACGACACUGCCUUGCACAUGGGUGUGAGGGCGAGACAUGUGGACUGCGUGCAACUACUGCUACACCACUUUCCACACUGGGCAAAUGUUAGAGACACCAGAGGCAAUUUGCCCAUUCACUACGCCUGUCUCUUCAAACACCUGCCCCUCUUCUCGUGUCUGCUGCCCCACACGAAGUGUCCUCAAUCAGUCACGGGUGAGAAUGGAUAUACAGCUCUCCACUUCCUCUUUCUGCCCUCCUCCGAGACCCAGAGGCCACAGGAUGGAGAGAUGCAGACUGCUGCUGUUAGAUUUAUGCUGGAUCAACUGAUGCUUCUCCGCCCCCUUGGUCGCUGUGCCGAUGAUGUGGGUGUGGGUGGUGUGCUAGGCGUGAGAGACAGAGUGGAUGGAUGCACUGUGCUUCAUUUGGCCACUGAGUUCCACCCAUCUUCGUCCCUUCUCCACUAUCUGCUAGACAUGACCGCAGCUUCCCACCAUCCAAAACUCCUGCUUCAAUUGCCGGACUGUGACGGGAGGACAGUGCUACACUAUGCGGUGAGUGGUGACCAGUUGGAGGUGGCCGACAAACUGAUCGGAGAGUGCGGAGCCAGCGUGGAUGUGGAAGACAUCGAGGGACACACUCCACUCCACGUGGCCACCUCAGUUCCCAUGUGUGCACUGCUGUUACGUCACGGCGCUCAUAUAGACGCCAGGGACUCAAACGGUCGCACGGGUCUGCAUCUGAGUGUGAUGAGGGGCGAAGGACACCGAGAAGCAGAACCUUCUACGUCAUCUUCUCUCAUUGCUUUCUUCCUGGACAAAUCUGCAGAGAUAGAUGCCACAGAUUGUAUGGGCUGGAAUGUGCUGCACCUCGCUUGUCUCUUCACUCCCCCGCCUCUUCUCCUUCGGACCCUGUCCAUGCUACUAAGCAGAACGAGGGCCACUGAAGGAAUCGGACGAGAAGAAGGAGCUGUUGAUAUGAAUCUGAAUAGUUCAGUUUCAUUGCAGCGUGACUAUAGUAGUAGUAGCAGCAGCAGCAAAGGAACAUUAAUCAAUUGUGCAAUGCGGACAGACAAAGACAUGCUGAGUUUGCAGUUGAUUCGACUGCUGGUUGAUAGUGGUGCUAACAAAUGCAAUGUGGCCUCUGCGUUAUUUGAGGCAGUUGGCAAGAAUCUGCUACAGACAUUCUCUUAUCUCAUCGAUUAUUUCAGUGGAGAAGUGUCGCUUGAACUUAGGAAGCAACUCGCUUUCUCUGCCAUCCGAGAAGCGAAGCUGUCGUUUGUCAUGUUCUUCUUUGAUCAUUCAGAUGAUAACGGCAGUGGACAGCAAGUGGCAAUUGCCGCCUCUGACAUCUGUCAAGUGACCCUUGAGGUCCCCUUUAGUAGGAGCAGUAACGUGUUGCUGUAUCCCAUAGAGAUGUGUUUGGCUGCCACUGUUUCAGCCGUGGCCUCCGUCGCUCAUUCGUCCACCACAGAAUCUGCUCCUGAACAUAAUCGUGGUAGCCUGUUUGAGGUGGAAGAGCUAUUAGAGGCACACGCACAAGUGUUUAAUUUCCUGUUCCAGCUCUACACCGGCAGUAAUAGUAGUGGACCAGUGUACAAGUUCGACUUCCUCACAGGCGCCGCCACGCCUCUCCUGGCUACGAGCCUUCAGUACGCAUCUAGGCACCAGACUCUGUUCCACAUGCUCACUCAGUGGCUCCUACUCAACUCCUCUUCCUCAGUUGUGGUUGACCCCAUACCCGCCGUGACCAAACUUGGGGACCUGUCCAGUUCAGAAAUCAUGCAAUCAAAUAACUACAGCAAUCGUCGCUCGCGCCAGCCACUGCAGGUGUCAAGUCUUUGGUUCAUACUCUCCGUCUCCGACUGUUGUGCCUCCUGCAGAAGCUAUUGGAAUCGGUUUCAGUUUAGACUGUGGAGGUCUUUGUUGACUGCUUCUACGAGUGAUGAAUCCGAAAUUAAUGUACCACGUCAGUCGGCUCCAUCUGGACUUGCCUUGCUAAUUUCGCUGUCUCUAGUCUCCAACACUGACAAGUGGGUCAAGGACGUCGUCUCGUCCUUAAGCGCAAGCAACGCCAGUAGCAACAGCAACAGCAUCCUCUGUCUGCUCAAUGAGGAAUGCCCGGGAAGUUUGAGGGAGCUGAGUGCAUCGGUAGUUCGGACCACCUUGUUUACCCCCGAAGAAGUGUUACAGUUACAGUUUGACAAGAAACUGCCUCUGCAUUUAGCGAAGCUUGUCGGAAAGAGUUUUUCAUCGCUAGAUAAUCAAACAAAAGCUUUGAUGGCACAGUGCUCCGACGUAGUAGCCAAAAGGGCAGCCGCCGUCAAUAUGUGCAAUUGAUUGUGACUAUUUGCAUUAAAUUAAAUGUUAAUGAACAAACCCAUUGUUA